CCUCUCUCUCUCUGUUACGGCUUACUGCCCCCGCUCCGCCGAAUCCCGAAGCUGCUCGUUCUGCCGCCUCUGCGAUGCUCACGACUGACAGUCAUUGCCCUGCCGUCUCAGCUCCAUUUCCCGCUCUCUCCUGCAAACCGAGCCCUCCAGCUCGGUGUCCUGCUGUCUCGGUUCCGCUCGGCAUUGAUGCUCGCCGUCCUGCCUCACCCUCUCACUGCUAUACUAAAUCCUGAAGCUAGGUGUCCUGCCUCCUUCUGUAAAGGGUGAACUUACUGCAUUGCAGCCUCCGAGCUGCUGGAUUCAGACGCACCACAAUGGCGACUCCCAGCCCCAGCGGCGGCUCCACGGGCUCGUCCGGCAACAGCCCGGGCCCGGCGGCGCACUCGCAGCCCGCGGCCCAGCACAUCUCCGUGAGCAGCAUGCAGGAGCCCAACACCUGCUGGAGAUGUCAGAAUGAAACAGGGCUUCAGAUAAACUUCACUGGAAAUGCACAAAGUAAACGCAAAGCACUGAAGUUAAAUUUUGCCAAUCCACCAAUUAAGCCAGUGACAAGCUUUACUUUGAAUGCAGGAGUUUCGUUUCAGAAUCCUCACAUGCAUUUCUUUCCUCCUGAUGGAAGAAGAAACGUGCAAAGCAUCUGCACAGAUAGAUGGGAAACAAAAAAGGUGUUCCAGCUGUGCCCGAAGCUGCGACUACAAACAAUGGAAGGAGACAGUCCCACUUCACUGCUGUUCGGCACAGCUGAUGUGUGCCCCAAGAUUGGGACUCUAGAAAGGCUGCGAACACAUAGUAUUGAGUCUUCAGGAAAAUUGAAGAUCUCUCCAGAACAGCACUGGGACUUCACAGCAGAAGACCUGCGAGAUCUUGGGGAAAUAGGACGAGGAGCCUAUGGGUCCGUCAACAAAAUGGUGCACAAGCCAAGCGGACAGAUAAUGGCAGUUAAAAGAAUUCGAUCAACUGUGGAUGAGAAGGAGCAGAAGCAGCUGUUGAUGGAUUUAGACGUAGUGAUGAGAAGUAGUGAUUGUCCCUAUAUUGUGCAGUUUUACGGAGCUCUCUUUAGGGAGGGUGACUGUUGGAUCUGCAUGGAGCUCAUGUCUACCUCGUUUGACAAAUUUUACAAAUAUGUAUAUGGUGUAUUAGAUGAUGUGAUUCCAGAGGAAAUUUUAGGCAAAAUAACAUUAGCUACUGUGAAAGCACUUAACCACUUAAAAGAAAACUUGAAAAUAAUUCACAGAGACAUAAAGCCUUCCAAUAUUCUUCUGGACAGGAAUGGCAACAUUAAGCUUUGCGACUUUGGAAUAAGUGGCCAGCUUGUGGAUUCUAUCGCCAAAACCAGAGAUGCAGGGUGCAGACCUUACAUGGCGCCGGAAAGGAUAGACCCAAGUGCUUCCAGACAAGGAUAUGACGUUCGAUCAGAUGUGUGGAGUUUGGGAAUCACACUGUAUGAGCUCGCCACAGGCCGCUUCCCAUACCCCAAAUGGAACAGUGUGUUUGACCAGUUAACACAGGUUGUGAAAGGUGACCCGCCACAGCUCAGCAAUUCAGAAGAGAGACAGUUUUCUCCAAUGUUUAUCAAUUUUGUCAACUUGUGCCUUACAAAAGAUGAAUCGAAAAGGCCAAAGUACAGAGAGCUCCUGAAACACACAUUCAUUCUGAUGUAUGAGGAGCGCCACGUGGAUGUGGCGAGCUAUGUGUGUAAAAUCCUGGAUCACAUGCCAGCUUCGCCCAGUUCACCCAUGUAUGUUGAUUGACAACACUUUUGGAAGAAAUACACAAAACCGGAUUAGGAGAGAACCCAUGAUGUAAAGAUUCUUUUUUUCAUCACACAUUGCAGUGUUGCUUUAAAAAAAAAAAAUUAAAAAAGAGAAAAUAAAGGAGAAAAAAGUGGAAGAGAAAAAAAAAAACACUCUCCUAAAACACCAUGUGCAAUAAUAAUUGGUGUUCAUUUCAAUCAUGUCUGUAUACUGUAGUCAUACGCAAAGUGCAUUUUAUUAACUGCUCACAACGUGUUCAAACUGUUGGUUUCAGCAAACAGAAAAA